CACCGAUCAUGGAAAGAGCCGAAGAUGUCAGCUCGGUCAUGUGAUCAGCUGUGUCCAAUCACAGCUGAUCACAUAGCACUGAUGAUUAGUGUAGCCCCAGCAGUGAGACCUGUCAGUGUCCAUCAGUGCCUUGUGUCAGUGCCCAUCAGUGCCACAUCAAUGCCACAUAUCAGUGCCUACCAGUGCACAUCAAUGCCACAUAUCAGUGCCCAUUUGAGCUGCCUUUCAGUGUCACCCAUCAGUGCCACCUAUCAAUGCCAAUCAGUGCCACCUAUCAGUGCCAGUUCGUGCUGCCUAUCAGUGCGCAUCAGUGCCGCCUAUCAGUGCCUGCCAGUGCCACCUAACAGUGCCAGUCAGUGCCGCCUAACAGUGCCAGUCAGUGCCGCCUAACAGUGCCAUAUAUCAGUGCCAUGUAUCAGUGCUGCCUUUCAGUG